AUGAAAUCUCUAUUCGGCGGUCUGGUCUGCUGCUUCUCGGUCCUGACUUGGGAGGUGCACGGGACCUACAAGGCAAAGGAUUUUACACUACAGAGCGACUCACCUGAAAGUUACACUACAAACAGACUUAGCGCACGGUCACGGGCGCCAGACAGGGCCAUGUCAACACCAAGGACGCUGGAUACCAGAGGGAAAGGAGCUCAGUGCAAAAGCCGCCCCCUAGACCUGGUCUUCAUCAUCGACAGCUCCCGAAGCGUACGUCCUGGCGAGUUUGAAAAGGUGAAGAUAUUCCUAGUCGACAUGGUAGACACAUUGGACGUUGGCCCCACUGCUACCAGGGUGGCAGUGGUUAACUACGCCAGCACGGUCAAGAUCGAGUUCCUACUCAAGACGCACCUCAACAAGGUAGACAUGAAGCAGGCUCUGAUGCGCAUCCAGCCGCUGGCCACGGGCACGAUGACUGGCCUUGCCAUCAGGACAGCCCUGGAGAAGGCCUUCACUGAGCAGUCAGGUGCUCGGCCACCUUCCCAGAACAUCGGUAAGGUAGCCAUCAUCGUGACGGACGGCCGACCCCAGGACCAGGUGGAGGAGGUGUCAGCCACAGCCCGAGCCUCUGGCAUAGAGAUCUACGCUGUUGGGGUGGACCGAGCCGACAUCCAGUCGCUCCAGCUGAUGGCCAGUAAUCCUUUGAAUGCGCAUGUCUUUUAUGUGGAGACCUACGGAGUCAUAGAGCAGCUCACCUCCAAAUUUCGCGAGACUCUGUGUGGUCUGGACCCCUGUGCUCUUGGCCACGGCUGCCAGCACAUAUGCGUCAACAGCAACGCCUCCUAUUACUGCAAGUGUCGCGAGGGCUUUGUCUUGAACGAAGACAAGAAAACGUGUCAGAAGGUGAAAGCUGUGGUGACUAUGGAUCCGUGUAAGUGCGAGGCCCGGCUGGCGUUCCAGAAGCAGACGCAGGAAUCCUUCCUGACACUCACGGCAAGACUGGAUGACUUAACACACCGGGUGCAACGCUUGGAGCGUACUGCAGGGGGCCGCAUGUAGGGAAAGGCAAGCACAGCCUCCUCCGCCCAUGGACAACGAAAACAAAGGUCCUCUGGGAACCACCUGAUGCAUCCUUCCACCAAUCAGUGUGACUUGCAGUUUGGAGCUUAUUACAGCAGAGAGAGGAAGCUCAGAAGGCAUCCUACACUCAAAAUGGACACCCAGUCCAUUUGAUCCAGUUCCUACUGUAUCUGUUAGGCUGCAAAUGGUAGCAACUGUAAAUUCCUUUGACAGACGGACCAAGAUGUCUGUACUAAACUCUUCAAGGAGAGAAUAUCAAUUUGCAUUUAGAAACCACAGAUAGCAGCAGAUGAAAGGUGAUCAGCGGAAUUCAAUGCACGAUGUAUUAAGUAGAAAUAUAUAUAGUAUAUUUAUAUAUGUAGAUAUGUGUCAAUAUAAUGUGAGAAA